AUGCCAGUAUUCUACAGCGGAAGAUGGCAGGCAGCCCGCGCCGAAGUCUCUCAUGGUAUUGAUGCAGAUGCCGCUAUUGCCCAAUCACUGGCCAAGGGCGACUGUUCAGGGCGAGCACCUGAUUCUAGCGGUACAGCUGCGUCCUCGAAUGUGGAGGAUAUAUGUGUAACCUUUGACGGUGCACUGACCUUAGACGAGUCUUUAAACUUCGAUCAAGAUGGUGAAGUCAGAUACUUUGGGCCAACCAGUGGGCGCUUGCUCUUUCGUUCGCCAGGAAACGAUUCGCCAAGCGAGGAAGCAUACAAAAUCGACACUUAUUGCACAGACUAUUACACUGCCGACUCAAAAUCCCCUGCAAUUCCAAUACAGGAAUACGAAACACGGAUUAAUGAAACUCAAGGCAUGCCAGAUGACAAUCUGGCGUCAGAAGAACUGCAAGCCCAUUUAAUCGACCUCUACUUUGAGUGGGAGCAGCCAUGGUACCAAGUGGUGAAUGAGAAACUUUUCAGAGAGAGUUUAGCCUGUGGCGGGCGAUAUUCUAGCCCAUUACUGUUAAACUGCAUUCUCGCUUUGGGCUCGCGAUAUUGCGAUCGUAUCGAAGUGCGAUCUGAUCCGGCUGAUCCAAACACAGCUGGCAAGAUGUUCAUCGACAACGCCGAGAAACUGAUCCAAAAUGAUCUCCGGUGGCCAAAAAUUACGACAAUUCAAUCAUUGGCCAUCAUGGGAAUGGUCUACAUCGCAAUGGGAUCAGAUGCUGCGGGGUGGCUUCACCAAGGAAUGGCUAGCCGUCUUGCUCUGGACAUGGGAUUCAACAUGGACCCUGCAGUCCUUGCCGGGGCUGUUGCUCUCCCGGCUAUCGAAGUCGAGCUGCGACGACAAAUAUACUGGGCACUGUACUGCCAUGACAAGCUGUCAGCCAGCUAUACUGGCCGAGUCUGCACAUUGCUGGAGUCUCAGGGCGCUGUGAAAAAACCGUUCCUCCAAUGUGCAUCGGAUGUGCAUCUUCCUUCUGCCGACGGCAAGCCACGGGGGGCGUCCCAAAAAGACGUUAUACAAUUGCACAGAUCUAUGAUUGAUCUGUGUCGAAUCCUAGAGAGGGUCCUUAGCUCUCUCUGGUCCCCAAAGCCCCUCAUUCACCCUCACCAACGGUCAGCGUUCUUUGAUUCAUGCGUGCUCGAGCUGAAGACAUGGUACUACGACCUGCCCCUUGAACUCAAGAUUGAACGAAUUGCUGGACCCUCACGAUUCCCUCACGCCUAUACCCUCUAUAUGGUCUACCACACAGCGUUUCUUUUGCUCUGUGGUCCGUUCCUUAGCGACAAUCCCUCCGCCAAUGCUAAUGAAAGUGAGACACCGAUCCAGUCUCCAGAAGAAGCCCAAAACCCACCAAAGCAUUCCCGAUCUCAGAAAGCACUGGCCGCGUGCAGUGCUUCAGUCCGAUCGAUGAUUGCCGUCGCGCAAAAGUACAGGCAGACAUUUGGCAGCUUCAAACUCAGUCCCAUCACCGCUGCACACUGCACUUUGUCUGCAGCCCUGAUUAUUAUCGAGAAAUGCUGCUCCGCGGAGAACUAUGCCAAGUCCAGCCCGGCCGAAGAAGGCGUUCGGACUCUAUCCCCACAUGCCGCAGCUGGAUUGUGUUUCCAGGUCUUACGAGAGCUUUCGACAUCGUGGAAUAUCGCAAAGCGUAUUGGAAUGAAUCUAGAGAAGGUAUACUGUGAACGCUAUGGAAGCCGUAUACCAUGUCCACCAAAUGACUACCGUCCCCCUCCAUGCCCCCUCGCCUCGCGACCGAUGGAUCAAAACCAAGCAUUUGAAUCCGGAAUAGUUCCCUUCCAGUCCUUUGAUGCGUUCUUCGAUCCAAAAGGCCUCAUAGUCGAAGAUCCUCUCGCUUUUCAUCUUCAAAAUCCAGUGCCUGCUAAUCCUGGUGGCGAUUUGAAUCAGCCCUUUGUGCCCACAUUCGACGGCGUCAGCCUGAAUGCUCUCCAAAAUCUUCCAAAUUCGGCGGAACUAUUUGCUAGUGGCCAUGGCUUCGCUUUCUCACCUGACUGCCUGCCAAGUGACUACAACAUUUUUGAUACUUUAAGCCAGGUGUACCUAGAAGAUAUGUGGUGA